AUGCCUUCCAGAGUUGGUGCCCCUGUCACUGUCUCAACAACUCCUGAUGUAACGAGCAAGCGGCAACAACAACCGUACACACUUAUAAAUGCUUCCACGGUGCCACCCUUCUCAACCAAACCUACAAAAGUUAAACACUACGUAAUCAACAUGGCACCAGAAGAAUUCAUCUUCCGCUCCAAGCUCCCCGACAUUCCCAUCCCCACACACCUUCCGUUACACUCUUACUGCUUCCAAAACCUCUCCCAAUUCCAACACCGUCCCUGCCUCAUCGACGGCGACACCGGCCAGACCUUCACCUACGCCGAGGUCGACCUCUCCGCCCGCCGCAUCGCCGCCGGCCUCCACCGCCUCGGCAUCCGGCAGGGCGACGUGGUCAUGCUCCUCCUCCGCAACUGCCCCCAGUUCGCCCUCGCCCUCCUCGGCAUCUCCCACCGCGGCGCCGUCGUGACCACCGCCAACCCCUUCUACACGGCGCCGGAGCUGGCGAAGCAAGCCACCGCCACCAAAACGAAACUGAUCAUAACGCAGGCGGCGUACGUGGAGAAAGUGAAGAGCUUCGCGGAUAGCAACGAGGUGAUGGUGAUGUGCAUUGACUCACCCCAACACGACGGCGUUUUGGAAUUCUCUAGGCUGACUAACGCCGACGAAAGGGAAGCCCCGGGCGUUAAGAUUAACCCGGACGACGUGGUUGCGCUCCCGUUCUCUUCCGGCACGUCGGGGCUGCCAAAGGGGGUUAUGAUUUCGCAUAAAAACUUGGUGACGACUGUGGCGCAGUUAGUUGACGGCGAAAACCCCCAUCAAUACACUCACAGCGAGGACGUGCUCCUCUGCGUGCUGCCUAUGUUUCAUAUCUAUGCGCUGAACUCGAUUCUGCUCUGCGGGAUUCGCGCGGGUGCGGCCGUGCUCAUUCUGCACAAAUUUGAGAUCACUUGGGUUCUGGAGGUGAUUGAGAAGUACAAGGUGACGGUAGCGUCGUUUGUGCCUCCCAUCGUUUUGGCGUUGGUUAAGAGCGGAGAAGCGCAACGAUACGACUUGUCGUCUAUUCGCGCUGUCAUCACCGGAGCUGCACCCUUGGGAAGGGACCUCCAAGAAGCCUUGGAGGCUAGGCUACCCCACGCCACCUUUGGACAGGGAUAUGGGAUGACAGAAGCAGGACCACUUACGAUCAGCAUGGCAUUUGCAAAAGAACCCACAAAGGUAAAAUCAGGUGCAUGCGGAACCGUCGUCAGAAACGCCGAGAUGAAAAUCGUCGACACCGAAACUGGUGCUUCCCUUCCAAGAAACCAACCCGGUGAAAUUUGCAUAAGAGGCACAAAGGUUAUGAAAGGAUAUUUAAAUGACCCAGAGGCUACAGAGAGAACUAUAGACAAAGAAGGAUGGUUACACACAGGAGAUAUAGGUUACAUGGAUGAUGAUGACGAACUCUUCAUUGUGGAUCGUUUAAAGGAAUUGAUCAAAUACAAAGGAUUCCAAGUAGCUCCUGCUGAGCUCGAAUCGUUGUUGAUUUCCCACCCAAACAUUUCUGAUGCCGCCGUUGUAGGGAUGAAAGAUGAAGCUGCCGGAGAAGUUCCAGUUGCAUUUGUUGUAAGAUCAAAUGGUUCUAAGAUCACCGAGGAUGAAAUCAAGCAAUACAUUUCACAACAGGUGGUAUUUUACAAAAGAAUCAGUAAAGUUUUCUUCACGGAGUCUAUUCCUAAAGCAGCCUCAGGCAAAAUUCUGCGGAAGGAAUUAACAGCAAAACUUAACCAAGGUCUUAUGGUGAUGGCCAAUUAGGUCCAUGUCACAGAUGAAAAUCUUCGUUGCUUUUCAUACCUCAUCACAGGCCCUUCCUAUUUUGGUUUUUGUUCCUUUUUUUUAGCUCAUUAUCAACAUGCAUGCAAUACAAGUAUUCUAUGAUUUUGUUCUUGUGUAAUGUAUAAUGUUCAAUGUUGUAUGUAUGUUGUGGAGUACAACCCCACUCAUGCUAUAGACAAACUCUAAAUUACAGCAUUACUCAUGAAAAUUCAGUAAGCCGUUGCAAUCUGUAUACUAAAUUAAAAAAAAUAAAAACUCAUUGUGGAGAAAAUAACAUCAAUGCAUCGAUCAAAAGAAGAAUUUCCUAUUUCUACAUUA